GAGGCCAUCAACAGACUGUGUGAAGCUGUGCCUGGGGGCAAAGGGGCCUGGAGGAGGAAGGUGAGCGAACAUCUGUUGAUGCAACACUAGUUAAAUUGUGUGUGAGUGUGAGUGUGUGUGUGUGAUGCUAAGCCCAGGCUCUGUGCUCCUGUCCUAUAGAACAUUAACAAGGCCCUGCAAUCCAUCAUGGGGAAGAGUAACCUGCGCUUCGCUGGUAUGAGCAUCGCUGUCAACAUCUCUAUAGAGGGCCUCAGUUUGCUCAUCCCCACCACACGACAGGUUAGAGAUCCCCUCUCUUCAACUAACGCAACACAAACAAUAAAUUGCGAUCUUUUUAGAAUCCUGUUUUCCUAACAAGAUAGCUGAUUUGUAGAUUAUUUGAUGUGAUGAAGGACUGAUAUAAAAUCUGCACAUUCCUCUCUUUCUGUUUCACAGGUGAUAGCACACCAUCCCAUGCAGUCCAUCUCCUUUGCCUCUGGGGGAGACACGGUGAGAGUUUGCAGCAUAAGUGCACUUUGUGCUUUCCUUGUUUACCUCUGUCUGUUUGUUGACAUGGGCCGCUUGGCAGACUGCAGGUCUGACUUGGUUGCUUUUGACCGCUUUCCAAUCCCAUGACUUCACGAUCAAUAAGGCCUGUAAUGCAAUUAUAUCCUAAUUCAUCAGAGUUUAUUGAGGUUUUUCCCUCUGUUGCAGGACACGCCCGAUUAUGUUGCUUAUGUGGCCAAAGAUCCAGUCAAUCAGAGAGGUAUUUCCUUACACAAUAUUCAAUUUCUCAUUGUAUUUCAUAAACAGAAACAACAUGUUUAUUAUAAAUCUAUGCAGUUUCUUCCUGGCAAUAAACGCAUUAGGAUUUACUGGCAUUAUGGUUUACUAACGCUUGUUUAACUUAAAGAUAUAGAUAUUUCUAUUUAUUCUGUAAAAUAUAAGUUGUUAUAUUCACAGUGGCGUUGCAGCACUCACAUCCUCUAUGUUCUCUUCAGCAUGCCAUAUCCUGGAGUGUUGUGACGGUCUAGCCCAGAAUGUCAUCAGCACCAUCGGGCAGGCCUUCGAACUGCAGUUUAAACAGUACCUCCACAGCCCUCCCAAAGCCAUCCCCUCCAUGGAGAGGUGAGACAGAGCCACUGCAGUGAAUCUGGGAUGAUAGAGGGAAGUGAACCAGCAACCAUCAGGUUUCAAGACUAGCACACUACAAACUGUUCCAAAAGCCCAGACCAUUGACGGUUGUUGUAAUGUGCUAACUUAGCUGUAGUCAAUAAACCAACACUCAUCCAUCACACACCACUGUAUGGACUGUGUAAUGACACACAGGCUUGAUAUUACAAUCACAAUCGACAUGUAACCACAUCAAAUCAAAUUAUAUUGGCCACAUGCGCCGAAUACAACAGGUGCAGACAUUACAGUGAAACGCUUACUUACAGCCCUUAACCAACAGUGCAUUUCUUUUUUUAUAAAAAAAAGUAAAAUAAAACAACAAAAAGGUGUUGAGAAAAAAAUAGCAAAAGUAAAAUAAAAUAACAGUAGGGAGGCUAUAUAUACAGGGGGGUACCAGUGCAGAGUCAAUGUGCGGGGGACCCGUCUAGUUGAGGUAGUUGAAAUAAUAUGUACAUGUGGGUAGAGUUAAAGUGACUAUGCAUAAAUAAUUAACAGAGUAGCAGCAGCGUAAAAAUAUGUGGUGGGGGGUGGGGGUGGGGGGGCAGUGCAAAUAGUCCGGGUAGCCAUGAUUAACUAUUCAAGAGUCUUAUGGCCUGGGGGUAGAAGCUGUUGAGAAGUCUUUUGGACCUAGACUUGGCACUCCGGUACCGCUUGCCGUGCGGUAGCAGAGAGAACAGUCUAUGACUAGGGUGGCUGGAGUCUUUGACAAUUUUGAGGGCCUUCUUCUGCACCAUGGUCAGUGUACACAAGCACUGCACUAAAUAUAGGGUUGUGGCUGGAAAGACAAAGACUUCACACACCUAGACUCAAUGUAUUCAUCCUGUGUGGUUUUAAUGCAUUGGUACAGUGCAAGCAUGGUGUGCUACUUAAAGCGUUUACUUGCAUUUUCCAAAGACACACACUCAACUCAAUAUGAAACUCAAACAUUUUUAUCUCUGUCACUUGCUAGAAAUGUGAUAUGCUGUGCUCAGAUUUCAGUCCAUCGAAAUCAAAACUGUUAUUUCAAGCGGAGUGCAUUUCCCUGUGUCACCGGACCACAAGCGUUUUUAGUGUCACCAGGUAGACAGGAGAAUUCUAUUGUACCUGCUCUGCUCUGGUUUCAAAUGUAUCUCCUGCUACCAACAAUAGAACCAUUCAACCCUCAUGUUUAACGUUAUCAGAUGUGGAGGAAGUAUCUGAUCCCUUGCCUUGUCACAUUUGGGAAUUAAAUUACCUAUAUUCUAACCAUGUCACUUCAGGAACAUCAGGACAGAAGACUCGGCGUGGGGUGAUGACGAGGACUCCUUGGAGCACGACUACUACAACAGCAUCCCGGGGAAGGUGCCUCCUUUUGGGGGAGUGGUGGACUCAAGGCUGAAGCCUUUUACGGCCUUGCUGGGCCACGUCCACAGCCAACCAGAGAGCAAGGCAGCGCAGGUGAUUCCCCAGCCUCCAGCCUCACCACCAAACCCUUUGAUAUAGUAUUUCUGGACACAUGACUGAUGACCUUGCCUGGUUUUUCCACAUAAUGUCUCUGAGAAGAGAGAGAACUGUGAGCAUACAGUAGCAGUGAACCCAAUAACUGUCUUGUAGAUGUGCCUGCUACAUAAUUACAAGAGAUUGAUAUCACUCGAGAUAGAAACCAGGCCUCUGGGUUAGCUAAUUGGUGAGAGGAAAGUCUUGCUCAUACCCUGCAGCCUAUACUGAGGAUUCAAACAUAUGGUGUAUUACAUAGACAAGAGAGGAACUAUUUAUUACCAGGUGGUCUGAAGAGUCAUAAAGAAGUACAUGUCUACUAUUAGUAAUGCUAAUGUGAGUUUGGGGCAUCUGCUUUUAGAUGGGUUCUCCGGCCAGGAGAGACACAGCUUCCUACCCUUCAGGUCAGCUGUGCUACGAGCUGCACUGGGAUACUGAAAACAAUGGCAGCUCAGGUGAGACACCACGUGGCGUGAUAUGGUACUGCAGGUGACAAUACUGCAAGUCCCAGGUAUUAUUACAAUGUUUGUGGAUUCUUUAUUUUUUAAGUAAGAAUAUUGACUAAUGGUCUAUGGUUAUAGGCUAUGUGUCUCUAAUACAAUACCACAGAUAACUACAAUUUAUGAAAUGUGUAAGUAAGUAGCUAUGUAUUAGUAAACUGAGUUGUGAUUGACAGGUCUGAUAGCAGAUGGUUACCAGCAGGCAGACGGCCAGCCUCCGGGGAGCAGGGACUAUGAGGAGCACCUAUAUGUGAACACCCAGAGGCUGGAGGGAUUGGAGCAGGGAGCAGAGGGCCACAGGGGGGCCAGGGGGCCAGACAGCCCCAUGAAAGACAUCUUUGACAUGAGUGAGUCUCACCAACAGCUACCCAUCCGCUGAACACAGCCACUGACACAAUAGAGAUACCCUUAUUAUUCAAGAUGUAGGGAGUAUCUGGGAAAUAGGGUUGGCAUGUAUGGAUGAUGUCAUUAAUGUUACAGGUGUGUGCCAUGCAUGUGUUCUCACUAUUCCUGGUUCUCUGCAGGACCCUUUGAGGAUGCUCUAAAGAUGCACAAGGCUGGUGGUGUCGGUGGUAACGGUGGGGUGUGUGUGUUGAAGGACCAGUGGCCCAGCCCGCCCCGACGUCGUGCCCCAGUCGCCCCUACAGAGGAGCAGCUCCGGCGAGAGGCCUGGUACCACGGGCGUAUGAGCCGCCGUGAUGCUGAGAAACUGCUGGUUCGAGACGGGGACUUCCUUGUACGAGACAGUGCCACCAACCCAGGCCAGUAUGUCCUGACGGGCAUGCACUGUGGUCUGCCCAAACACCUGCUACUGGUCGACCCAGAGGGAGUGGUGAGUGAUAAUCACCUACUGGCACUUAACAAUAUUAAAGGUGGAAAUGAUGGUCAAUAAGUCACAUUUUUACAUAGUCACCUAUUGACAUCAAUGCAUGAUUAAGUGAAAAUUCUACUUAAGUGGAAGUUAGGAUUUGUCCCAUAGAGAUUAAACAUUUUCUAUGGAAAUGGUGUCAGCCACUUAGCUACAGCCUAGCAUUAGCAUUGUUGAGUACAAAACAAUGGUAUCAGAAGCAUUCUUGUUAGCGUCCUUAAAUAUGUGGUUACCUGCUAACAUCUGUUAGCCCACUCCUCCUCGUCACUGUCAGGUACGCACCAAAGACAUGCUGUUUGAGAGCAUUAGUCACCUGAUCAGCUACCACCUGAAGAACGAGCUGCCCAUCGUGGCGGCCGAGAGCGAGCUGCACCUCAAACAGGUGGUCCGUAGGAAACAGUGA